UUGGACCAAAUCAUAGGCUACAGCUUCUUCGUAAUAGUGUCCUUCGGCCAUGGAUUCCAUAUGGAGCAGCUUGGCACUUGCAAUUCCCUACCUCAUCUCCUUCAUUGCUUUUCUGAUCGUAGUGGAGCAAUUCAGCUACUUGAGAAAAAAGGGAACCCUUCCAGGUCCUCUGCUUGUGUUUCCUUUUCUGGGCAACGCAAUCUCUCUGGUUCGUAACCCCACAAAGUUCUGGGACCUCCAAGCAUCCUUCGCUAAAUCAAACCCUGUGGGUGUCUCAGCCAACUACAUCAUCGGUAACUUCAUCGUCUUCAUCCGAAGCUCUGAGCUUUCUCAUAAGAUCUUCGCCAACGUUCGCCCUGAUGCCUUCCAUCUCAUCGGCCACCCGUUCGGUAAAAAGCUCUUUGGUGAGCAUAAUCUCAUCUAUAUGAUGGGUCACGAUCACAAGGAUCUUCGCCGUCGGAUUGCCCCAAAUUUCACUCCCAAAGCCCUCUCAACCUACAUCUUCUUGCAGCAGAAGAUCAUUUUCGAACACCUAAAACGCUGGCAGUCUCUCUCUUCCAGUAAUCCUUCUAAGCCCAUAGCUCUUCGUCUCCUCUGUCGUGACAUGAAUCUCGAGACUUCUCAGACUGUCUUCGUGGGUCCUUACUUAAGUGCCAAAGCUCGGGUGGGUUUCAACAGGGAUUACAGUCUGUUCAAUGCAGGGUUGAUGAAAUUACCGAUCGAUCUCCCUGGAUUUGGGUUCUACAAGGCGAGAUUCGCCGUCAAGAGGCUUUGUGAAACCCUAGCUGUUUGUGCAGGUCAGAGCAAAGCGAAGAUAAUGAAGGGAGAAGAACCCUCCUGUUUGGUUGAUUUCUGGAUGCAAGAGACAGUGAAGGAAAUCAAUGCAGCGGCGGAAUCCGGCGAAAAAGCUCCUUUUUCCGACGAUAUUGAGAUCGGUGGCCACCUUUUCGACUUCCUCUUCGCAGCUCAAGACGCUUCAACAUCGUCUCUGUUAUGGGCUGUGACACUUUUGGAUUCACACCCUCGAGUGUUGCAGAAGGUCAGAGAAGAGGUCUCUGCAAUCUGGACGCCUGAAUCUGGUGCGCUCAUCACCGUGGAGCAGCUGAGAGAGAUGAAGUAUACGGAAGCGGUGGCACGUGAGGUUGUGAGGUUUCGUGCUCCGGCGACUCUGGUGCCUCACAUUGCCGGAGAGGAUUUUCCGUUGUCAGAGACUUACACGAUUCCAAAAGGAGCCAUUGUGUUUCCUUCUGUCUUCGAGUCGUCGUUUCAAGGGUUCACUGAACCGGAACGGUUCGACCCGGACCGAUUCUCGGAUGAGCGGAAGGAGGACCAGUUGUAUAAGAGGAAUUUCUUGGCUUUUGGAUCUGGAGCCCACCAGUGCGUGGGCCAGAGGUAUGCGAUUAAUCAUCUUGUGCUGUUUAUUGCAAUGUUCACGUCGCUGAUCAACUUCAAGAGGCACCGAACGGACGGCUGUGAUGACAUCGCGUAUGUCCCCACCAUCUGUCCUAAAGAUGAUUGCCUGGUUUACCUCUCCUCGAGGUGUCCACGUUGCCCGCCCUUCAUGUAAUUGUGUGAAGAAAAACUACAGUGACGAAAAU